GCAAAGGGAACACAAAUCCACUGGCUGAGUGUGAGUGAGAAGCCACCACAACAUGAGCUAGGAGAGGCUUCUCAAGAAGAUCCUGCUUACUCAAAACAUCUUUCUUCUUCUUUUUUUUUUUUUUUAAUUGAGAAGCUAGGUGUCUGACAUUUCUUAAUUUCUUAUUUUAUUUAAAGGGAAACCAGUGACUUGAAAAUGAGACUAAAUAUUGCCAUCUUCUUUGGGGCUCUCUUUGGUGCUUUGGGGGUUUUACUCUUUUUGGUGGCUUUUGGAUCGGAUUAUUGGCUUCUUGCAACUGAAGUGGGGAAGUGUUCAGGUGAACAGAAUAUAGAGAACGUCACUUUCCACCAUGAAGGAUUCUUCUGGAGAUGUUGGUUUAAUGGGAUUGUGGAAGGGAAUGAUUCUAGUAUUUGGAAGUUCUGGUACACCAAUCAGCCACCAUCCAAGAACUGCGCACAUGCUUACCUGUCACCAUAUCCCUUUAUGAGAGGCGAGCAUAACUCAACCUCGUAUGAUUCUGCUGUUAUUUACCGUGGUUUCUGGGCAGUCCUGAUGCUUCUGGGCGUCGUCGCCGUGGUGACUGCGAGCUUUCUGAUCAUCUGUGCAGCCCCCUUCACAAGUCACGUUCUCUAUAAGGCCGGUGGAGGCGGGUACAUCGCUGCAGGCAUCCUGUUUUCCUUGGUGGUGAUGCUGUAUGUCAUCUGGGUCCAGGCAGUGGCUGACAUGGAAGGCUACAAAAACAUGAAAAUGAGAGACUGCUUGGAGUUCACCCCUUCUGUUCUGUAUGGCUGGUCAUUUUUUCUGGCCCCGGCGGGGAUAUUUUUUUCUUUGCUUGCUGGAUUACUAUUCCUGGUUAUUGGUCGGCAUAUUCAAAUACAUCACUAAUCAAACUAUUGCCACAAGCAUUUUCUUGAGAGGUUUUAAGACAGAACUUUUUUUUUUUUUUCAUUUUGUUUUGGUGAUUCCAGCAUAGAAUUAGUUGUGAGCUUUUUAGUUGGUAUUUCAAUUUUGCUUUUACAUUUUACUUGUAAUUUCCUCCAAUAGGAAAGUCCUAGAAUCUUUCCAGAUAACCACAGGUUUCCAUCCUACGUAGGUGCUAUCACUAACCUAAUUCUCAAAGAAGCAGGUAGCAUGGGUCUCCCUUUCAUUGCACCGGUUAGGGGUCAUGCAGGUCACAAAGGUCUGAUAAUGACAUAACACCACUACCUGGGCCAGGGAAGCUUUGAUUUAAAGUCUCCUUCUUGGCAUUCACUUCGAAAAAAUCUUUGGAGAAUAAUUAAGAACGGAAAACAAAUGUUGUCAGAGAACUUAUUCCAUCUUUUCUCCACACACAUGCAUAUCCACAUACAUAUUCACUGACUCCUGUAAGCCAAUUAUUUAUGACUUAAAAAUAGAUAGCAGUGUGCUUGUGGCGAGAGCCAGGCAAACACAUCAGUUACAAUGGGCCACAACCAGACUGAGAAUGUGUACUUAUUCCACUUUCUUACCAACAGGAGUUUGGUUAUCUAAUUAUAUUCACUGAAUUGUGCAUGCUUACAGAAACCUUAAACUAUGUUUAAAAGUGGCAAAUCUAAAAAAAUAAAAAUAAAAAAAGUGGCAAAUCUGUACACCAAAUUACACAUAAAGCAGAUUGGACUUUUAGGAGCUCAGUGGAUUAAUUGUAAUAUGUAAUAUGGUUGAAAAUAUGUAAAAAAAAAAAAAAAGCACCUUAGCUUAGUACUUAGUUCUGUUUGAUAUUUUGAAAUUCUUAUUUAAAAUUAUAUGCUAAUAUGUUCAGCAUGUGAAAAUUUAUUGAUGAAAUGUGCUUUUAAUAUGCACUAGCUAUAAACUUUCAAAAUAUUUCCAUAUGAAAUGAUAAUAGCCUUGCUUUAUUAAAGACUAUGAAAUAUUAACUUUUCCCAAGACUUUAUGGGUUGUAGUUCUUCUGAUCAUUUGAUUCCCUUAAUUAUUGUCUCUCAGUUUCUUCAUCUUUACAACAGGCUAUUUUAACAUUUACAGAUCUGCUAUUUCCUUUAACAUCUUGGAAGAAAACUUUGUGCUGCUUGGUGGAUAAUUCUUUUUUAUUUGCUGGUGUAGACAUGCAGACAUUUUGCAUAUCAAAGAUGUUUGUUUGGCACUAAUUUUGAUUGAAAUCAAAUCCAUCUGAGAAGUCCACUUUGCAUUUGCAUUUUGGAAACCUCCACCAAGGAGCAGUUUGGUGUUGGUGAGGGAACAGAGAACCCGCAUGGUAUGCGAGCUUUGUUCUGGACACAGCGUUUUACUCUGCAGCUGUUGUGAAUACCUAGGGCAGGACUCAGAGGCAAAUUAAGAGUGACCACCUAGAAGAUGCUGUGGGAUAGAGGGGCGAUUGCUUUCCAUUCAGCAGUUCUCCUGAUGGAGAGAUUGCCUGUCUUAUGGACACAUCUGUACUUUCCAUAAACUUGUUUCAGUGGGAGGGAUUUUUGGAGGAAUAGCCUACAGUCUGAUGUAUCUGCAGAAUCAUGAGGGCAUUUUAGUAUUUAGGGACAGAUAGGACUAGCAUGUGAUAAAAACAAACAAACAAAAAACCCACAAAAAUACAAGACAAAAAAACAUAGCUUCAGGGGUUUAACUGGUUUCUCAAGCCAUCUGAGUUAUAUCAUAAAUGUUUUUUUAUGCUACUUGCCUUUGUCUUUUUCUGUUUUCAUUUUUAUAUUGCUCCAUUUACUUCUUUGCUUUUGGCUUGAUUAUUAGAAAAAUAAUUAUGGGUUCUGUUAUGCAUAUUUACUGUGAUAUUAAGUUAUGGCAUGCCAUUAAGUUUUCCAGACGAUGCUAGAUGUAUUUGAUUAGUUCAUGUCAUCUGUAAAUACAAUUCUUUUUUGUAGAAUUUUGGAAUGGAGCCUUUUUUCUGGUGUAUUAUAUGUCAUUUAAAUUUCACAUACAAGCUGCUUUCAGUAAAGGUUUGAAUAUUUAUAAAUUUCAGAUGGUUAUCCUCAUUUUCUAAUACACUUAUGCGGCUACCAUAUAUUUAUCAUAAGGCAAUUGGCUGAAUAUCUGAUGUGUAUGACACUUUUACACAGAUACAUACUUUGGAAGUAUUUCAUAGUUGUAAUGCAUAUCAAUCACAUUAAUUCAGAUGCAUUUCCCAAUCUACUUACCAGCAAUCCGUGGAAGGAAGGAAGGUGAGUUGUUUGUGCUGUGUCAAUAAGUAAUAUACUUUAAAAUAGCAGAAAUAUGCCAUAUAUUCUUGUAACAGCCUUAUGUCUGAUUUAGGAUAGUAUGUUUGUCUCUAUUCAGUGUAUUGACUAAUUUUCAGAAGCUUCCAAAUAUCAUGUUAAAAUUUUAUUAAGAGUGUUGAUUUUGCAUCAAGUUUCAAUGUAACAAAUAAGAUGUCUUUUUGGUGACAUUCUGGGAAGAGCAAAAUAAAAGAACAGUUAGUUAUGCCCUUGGACUUUGGAGAAAGCUAUGAUUUUUUCAUAUUGUAUUUGUUCAAGGAGUUCAGUUUGGUUGGGCAGCAGGUAGCAUAUGCAGUGGAACCAGCUGGACAAACCAUACAGAAAGGCUGAAUGAUGCUGUUCAAUUUGGAGGUUGCGAGUAAGACUUAUAAAAAAAAAAAAAAACUACCAGGUAUGCUAUUACUGGCCAUUUAGUCACUUUUAUGACUAAUAUAUGAAAUGUACUUAUUCAAUUUAAAUAUUAAGUCCAUGUAUAAAGAUGUAUGGUGGAUGAGGUGUCAGUAUUUGGUUCUUGUCUAUAUACCUGUGUAUCUUUCAUCAACACAUACUUGUGUAUGUGUGUGUGUGUCUACCCAGAAUUAUAAAUUUGAAUAGAAAGAGAUAAAGUGAAUGAUAGAAAUCAAUAUAAUUGAGAUAAACAAAAAUUUAAAAAUGAGUUUUUUUGGGGGGAUAGAAAUAGAGCUUAUGUCCCCAAGUACUAUUUUAAGGUUUUUACUCAAUUGAUGAUGGUCAAUUCAAUUUUGAUGGUCAAUUCGGUGAACACAUAAGUUGACUUAUAGUUUCAUGAAAGAAAACAGAUUUACAAAGAGGCUUAGAAUAUCAUAGGAUUAGACAGAUAUGGGGUGCUAGUAAAAAUAAGCUGUACAUACAUCGUCAGGAGGGUAGCAUUGUAGGGAAAGACCCACAGUGCUGGAGCUACAUAGAAAAAAAAUAUAUUAAGAGGAUGAGUCCCCAAUUUGAUUUUGGUGGGAUGCCAUGAGGAAUGAGGGGGCUCAUACAAUAGAGAUGAAAUAGAAACUACAUUUUUGUUGAUUGUUUGAAAGCAUUAAAUACAUAGAGACAUUUCCUCUGUGAUGACUGAGGGUAGGUUACAGAAAUUCCAGCAAAAACUUAGGAAGACAGUAUACUAGAUGUUAAAUCCAAGGAGAGUGGGGAAAUAUUAAACAUCGUAUAUAUUAUAAUGAGCAUAAAGCAAGCAUAAGAACAUUUAACUUUGUUAGCAGGGUAAGAGGAAAGGCAGAGCAAACAUCCAGCGAGAACUUAGAGUUUCUGAGCUAGCUAACCAAGGCAAGUGCUAGGACCUCUGUCUUCAGGAACAUGAAGAUCAGCCUAGAUUGGUCUUGAGGGGUGGGAAAUAUAAGAAAAAACACAUCUGAAAUGACAGUGGAGGAGUAUUAAGAGCCCCACUCUGGCUUCUGAAGGGUCAUUUUUUCCCACUACUGUGACUCUGACUGUGAACAGUUGAAGGGGCAAUUGGCUGGUUGAACUUUAUAAAAUGAUACACCUUUGGAUAUAGAGAAUCAUACGGUGUGUCUAACCAUUCUGUUUUAUUUGUAAGACAUCUAUAAGCAAAUAAAUUAGAAUGAUUUUGAAUUCUUCAAGUAAUGAUUUUUUUGGUUUACACAAAUGACAGGGCUAGUUUAAGCUGGCUUUAUGAAAUAAGUGUAGUUGGAGUAAUUGGCAUCCCGUACUGAUCCUGAGAUUAUCUAGAUAAUUUAGGGGAGAGAAGGCUCACUGGGAUAAAAUAAGUAUACAUAUAGCAAAAAUUUUAAUAUUCCCAUUCUUCUGGGAGUCCAGGAGUUAUUGUGACAUAAUUCACUAAAAAUGUAAAUAGUUCCCCCUUUAUGUGGUAAUUGAUUUUGGUUUUUUUUUUUAGCAUUUCUUUUUCCAUUUAUUCUAAACAGAAACUGCCACUGUUGAAAAAUUUUAUCAAUGCUUAUAGAUUGUAUUGUCAUUGUAAACUAUCCAAACAAAUAGGUAUUUGAACAAUACAGCUUUAAAAAGAAUGCUAUAUAUAGAAUAAUGCUUGUUGCUUCAUAUUUUGGUGUGGCAUAUAUAGACACUAUAUGCAGUAUUGAUAUAUUGUCUUCAUUCCCCCAAAAUAAAAGGCCUUUUUUUUUUUCUCAAGAAUUUUAUGGGUACAUGUAAAUGCCUGGAGAAAUGUCAAACAGAAGUUUGAUUAACCUCUGUGUAUGUAUGUGUGUGUUGUAAACAUAUACCCACAAACCUAUGUAUGUUUAUAUUUACAUACGUGUGUGGUAUUUAUGCAUGUGUAUAUGUGGAUUUGGGUAACACUACAUAUAUAUCUGUUAAUAGACAUGUCUGAAUACACACAUAAAUGUAAUACAUGUAUGUUUUAAAAAUAUUUUGUAUAUAUAAUAUAUACACGUUUGUAUAUAAUAAAUGCCUGUAUUUAUAUCAUA